GAGCUCCAAAGAAAAUUGUAUUAGCUCGGUUCCAUACAAUUUAAUCACAUGACCAAAAUCAAGCCAACCGGCCAGAUAAAGUUCAAAACUAAUUAUCGUAGUAAUAAAUAGCACCCUGGAAACAUAUAUCAAACUUGAUCGUUUCAGAUGAACCAUUUGAUAAUUGUAACUGUAAUAAAUAACGAUGAAUUUGCUUUCGAGUCACGCUACAUAUUGGAGGGUCAUGGCCGCUUUCUUUGACAACAUUUUCUCAUUGUGAUUUAAGAAUGAUAAUUCUCCUGAUAUAGCGCCAAUCCAUCACCAUAACCAUUUGGUUUAACUGCUUGCCUUUGAAGCAGUGUAACAGACUAUGUAAAAAGACGUACCUCGAAUGAUGGCUAAUGCAAGUGAUGUUGGUAUUUCCCCUGUCUUACUGCAAGCCAUUGCUCAAACUAUAACAUCUCAGGCAAGUCUGUCAAAUAAAAGUCAAACAGCGAAUUCGACAGCCACAGAGCAGCAGAUUGUGUUUGUUAAUGCGGAAGAUGCUCCCGACUCCGAGGUUAAAGCACAGAGUCUUCUGUAUGGAUUGAAUCAACCUACAAAUACAAUCAAUGUUGAUACAGAAGAAGAGUUAGAUGUAAAUGAAUCAACUCAUCAGUUUGUUGUCCUUGAGGAUAUUGAAGGCAAGGAAGAGACUGUUGAGACCUUUGAAGUUGAGAAUAUUGAAGCUGCAACUCCUGUUGAAGUUGCUAAUGUUGCCAAUGAAAGCUCCCAGGAGGUCCAGCCCCAGGAUAUUCAAAUGGGAAAUGUUUUAAGUGCAAUAGCAUCAGAUAUACGAGCCAAACGAGAAAAAGAAGCCGAUCUACCCAUUCCUCAGACUGUAGAAAUUGAGAAUGCAAAUGAAGCAAUGUAUGUGGCUGUACAAGGUUCUGAUGGGUCAAUUAACCCUAUGUUAACAUCUGCAACGCUGCAAGACAUUGCAGUCUCAAAUGGUGCAGGUGAUAUCUCAGAAUCUACUAAGCCUCCAUCCCCCAAGAAGGCACGCACAGAUGAAGCUACUGGAAGUCAAAUAAUCUACAUAAGUCAGCCAAGUAAUGUUGGGGCUGAGGCUCCCAGUGUAGAUGAUCUCUCUAAAAUCAUUAAAUUUGCUCGAGGUGGUAACAUACAGAUUGUUAGUCCAUCUGGUAGUUCCAUAAACCUAUUUGAUAAAGGCCCUUGUCCAAUAUGCUCAGACAGGAGUUCAGGCUAUCACUAUGGCAUCUACAGCUGUGAGAGUUGCAAGGGGUUCUUUAAAAGAACUGUUCAGAAUAAAAAAUCAUUCCUUUGUCACAGAAAUGGAGAUUGUGACAUCAAUAUGUUAAGCAGGAAGAAAUGUCCUGCAUGCAGAUUCAAGAAAUGUCUCUUAAUGGGGAUGAAAAUAGAAGCUAUAAGAGAAGAUAGGCAACGCGGUGGUAGAAGCUCGUAUGAAGGAUGCACACCAACUAAACCUCCCCCUAUGUCAGCUUACAUCAGCACUACAAAUAAUUCCGUACCUGGUACACCCAAUGCAGUCCAAGUGGACAUUUCACAACUAGCACAAUCAGCUAUCAGCUCUAAUAACAUCUCAGUUGAGCAACAUGUAACUGUCCAAAGUAAUACUACAGCAGGGCCAAACAUAAUAGUUGAAGGUUCAGGAGAGGCUACAGGAGCGAUAACAUUGCUACCUGUACCCAACCCUGUAGUGCCUGAUAUCAUAUACAAUAUAAUGACUGUUGAAACAUGUCUAAAUGCGGAGGACCCAGAUCCAGAGCUGCAGGGGAGGUGGACACAUGAGGAUGGGGACCUGCUAUCUGGACUGUUAACUCUUGCAGACGUAGCCAUGUAUAAGAUAGUGCGUUGGGCGAGGAAUCUACCUGACUUCAUGCUCACCAGUACAGAAGAUCAGAUCAUGUUGCUCCAGAACUGCUGGGCAGAGCUGUUAUGUCUUACCCUCUGUUGGCAGUCCAAGGAGCUGCGGACCAGGACAAUACGUUUGUGUAAUGGCAAACAGCUAGAUAUGGCUCUAGCUAGGGGAAUCAACUUUGAGGAAGUCCUUAGUCGGAUGUUGGGUAUCAUGGAGCACAUUAGACGACUUAAGAUUGAUCAGCAUGAGUUUGUCUGCUUGAAAGUCUUGCUGCUUAUGUCACCAGAUGUGAAAGGUUUGAAGGAUCAGGCAGUGGUUCGAGACUACCAGGAAAAGAUCACUGAUGCUUUAAUCACAUAUACAGCAACACAUAGUCCUCAGACUCCGAACAAGUUUGGACAAAUGCUUCUCAGGUUAUCAGAAAUCUCAAAACUUUGCGCAAUUGGGAAACAAAGACUUGCUGCCCAUGAAAUUGUGAAUGAUGCUCCAGCAUCUAGUCUCUUGAUGGAAUUAUUAAAGGGAGAUAAUUUGUUAAAACAGGAUCAAGUGAAUCCUGAUCAACCUGUUGAGAGAACACCAGUUCUUCAUGAAUAAUAGAGGUCUGUUUUUAGAUGCCUCUAUGAAUAAUGGACAUCAGUUUUCAAUGCAAAAUGAAUGCCCAAAUGAAUAUGUCCAAAUAGAGAUCUAUUUCCAAAAUCAAAAUUGGAGGCCAAAAUACACCAGAUGCGAGUAGAAAUAAUCUUGAUUUAUUUCAUUAGAAAUUCAAAAUUCAGUUAAACUGAUGUCAUAACAUGUAAAAUUACAUCUAGAAAUGUGGUUUUGAAGAGUUUAUCAACUUU